AUGAAAGCUACUACAUCGGAUUACAAAAGCUCAAGCGAAUUAGAAAAUGAAUCAAGUGAUCAAGAUGUUUCAAAUCUCUGCUUCAUGGCUAAAGAUGCUGAAGGAAAUUCCUACACUAGCUCAUCUGAAGAAUCUAGUGAUGAAUCAUGCAGCGACUCAUGUGAAAGCAUACCUUCAUAUAGAGAAAUUCAGGCUAUACUAUUUACUUUGCAUAAAAGUGAUGGUAUGAAAUCUGGCCUCAGUACUCUGCAAGAGAAGGUUACCUCCAUCGAAACUCAUUGUUUACACAUUGAUAAUAGAGUUGAAAAGAUUGAGCAACAGUUGGCCAGUUCUUCAAAACGAAAAUCUCCUAUGAGUAUUAGUUCUGAUACAUCUAGUGAGGAUGACUCUGGUAACCAAGAGGAAGGAGAUCAUGAAAGUGAACAAGAAGAAGGAACUAAUGAAACUAAUGACCAAGAGGAAGGAGAUGAUGAGAGUGACUCUAUGGAAGCUUCUAACUGA